AUGGCGGGUCCAUUGACGCAGCCUUACCAUUUCAAGACAAACCACACCACCACGGACGGUGUGGUGGUAGUUGACCACUUGGCCGUCCACCACAUCCAGGACAACCGAGUCGUGUGGAACCUUCUCGGUCCACUCGCAGCGUGUUUCAAACGAACCAGACUCGAUGUGCACAAGCUUGUGUCGAAAUACCACGAUGAAUGGGCUGCUUUCUUCGACGCUCUUGGCCUGCGUUUGUCCGAACAGCUGCACAAGCCUUUCAAAUCAAUCGCCAGGAGCUGCAAGCACGGUGAUCAGGCCAUGGCCGCCGACGCAAUGACAUCAGAUAUCUGGACAAUCGACACAUCGGGCUACAUUAUUUGGAUGCUUGGGUGGGCAUCGCUCCGAGAGCCCAUCGGCAGCGCUGCCACAUCCCUCUUGUCGGCAUUUCUCGCGAGAACAGAUUGCGAGCCGAUCGUCGGACAGCUCAGGGGCACGCUACUCAGCACAGACACCCUGAAUUGCAUGCAGGCUGGAUCGACCCUUGUAGCGUGUGACCAUGUCCACCCAGCGUUGGAUAUGUGUCGCGAUCUUACGCAGACGGCGCGCCUUGUGGAUGUGUUCAAAGUUUUGCGCGGGCAGGCGCAUGGGUGCAAGUCGGCUUGUUUUAUGCGGAUGCUAAAGGUUUCGGUGCUGGCGCUCGCCGAACGUAUCCACGUCACACUUCCUGAUAUCAGGGCCACCCAAAACCCGCUGAGGAUGGACGUGGAUCGGACCGUCGGCGGUCGGAAGCGAAAUUGGACGGAUAUCGUAAUUGCCAAGGUGAACAGUACUGUCAUAGAGAAGAAGGCCUCCACGGCAUACCAGUGUGCGAAGGUGGAGGGCAUCAAGAGGGCUCGCAUAGACGAGUGGCAUGCCAAUGCCCUUCUGGACCAGCAAACUGCUGGCGUGCGCGUCCUCGGAGCAGCGCCUGGCACGUUCUCCAUCGUGAGCGACGGAGCUCGAUUGGGGAAGCCUGCGCGGGAAACGAAUGUCUACGCGGCGUGCUGCCACGAGGUCGGAGUGGCCCAGUGGCUCGCGCCGCAGGACGUGUCCGAUAAUGCGAUGCUUCGGCAUGCCGAGGGUCCCCUGUCCUGGACGGAGGCGGGCAAGGAGCACUUGUCGGCGAGGGUGAUCGCCUUCCUCGAGAAGAGGGAGGCAGAAGCAAAGGUUGAGAAACCUGGCGCCUUGCAAGACCCAGGGCUCCCAAACCUGCAUCACCUCAGAGCAUUGGACAACGCCUUGAAGUCGACGUGGGACUUGUCAUUGCGAGACUUCGUCGCUGACCGCCCUUGCGGCGCGCUGUUGGAAUCGCAGCGCAGAUACUAUUGCAAAGUCGCCGACCUGCCGGAGAGCACCCAGCAACUCUCGCGCGGCAGGUCGCGGCGGCCCUGCAUCGAGGACGUUGGCACCGGGGAUCGACGGCUGGAGGUCGCGUGGGGCCGACAACGGAGAGUUCUCCACGAAACCAUCGACAUGGGCCCGAAGUCCUGGCCCGUGCGCAACGCAAUGUACACUGCAUGGAACAUCCAGGGCACCGUCUGGAACGACCCCCACCAUCGGCGUUACGACAGCGGCGUGAACGCCAUGACCAAGGCAAGUCUUCGGUUGUUCCGGAACGGAAUGGCAUUUGCAAUGAACUUCGUGGCAGGGCCCUGGGACAGCGACGGGUUCCAAGGCGCCCUGGUCGACUGGUCGAUGCAUUGCUUGAGUGGCACGCCGCUCAAGAAUGGGACAACGAACUGUUUGAACUCGUUUACCCUCGGUUGUGCACUGCAAAGUACAAGAACCACUUGCCCGCGUCAUAUGGUAGCCCUGAGCAUCGACAGGAAAUUUGGAACAGCACCCCUGACAUGGCCAACUUCAUCGGGGAAGGCGCGGGCUUCAAGUUCAAUCGGUGGUGGACGUUCGAGCUCAAGGUGCUUGCGUUUCGCGAGCAUGUUGGCCUCCUGCUGGCGGCGUGCUUGUAUGUUAGCGUUACCAGAGGGUACGUGUCGUCUCUCCAGGAUACGCCGUGGUUCACGCAUUGUGCUGACGAUGCGGCGGCCACGCCAGCGGCAGCAGCCGCGGCCCCUGCCGGCGACGUUGCAGCGUUGGCCCCCAUGA